AUGACUGAUUUGAAGACCCUCCCUCCUAAGAAAGUCAUCAUCGUGGGUGCCGGCUUCUCGGGCUUGGCCAUGGCAUGCCAGCUGAAGCAGAACCUACGAUGUAACGACUUUGUUGUGUACGAUCGAGGGUCAGGAUUUGGUGGAACCUGGCGUGCAAACACCUACCCUGGGUGUGGUGUUGAUAUCCCAGCCGUGUUCUACAGCCUUUCCUUCGCGCCCAAUCCUGGCUUCACCAACCUCUUCCCCAAGCAGAGCGAGGUGCUGAAGUAUAUCGAUGGCGUGGCCUCGCGGCUGAAGGUCUCUCGACACAUGGUGGGACAUACUGAUUGGAUUGGAGGCCACUGGAACGAAAGCACCAAAACCUGGUCUGUCAAACUAAGAGACCUCAAUACAGGCCAGGUGUAUGCACAGACCUGUAGCGUAUUGAUCUCCGCUGUUGGGGCCUUGACAAAUCCGAUGCCUUUCAAUGCACCGGGGAAAGACAAGUUUGCCGGAGAUAUCAUCCACACGGCAAGAUGGGACCACAGUGUCUCCCUCCGCGACAAGAAUGUUAUUGUCAUUGGGAAUGGCGCCUCGGCCACACAGGUAAUACCUGCCGUAGCAGAAGAAGCUCGCUCGAUCACUCAAAUUAUGCGGUCACCACAAUACUUUCUACCCGGUGGUGAUAACACCGAUAUUACUCCGCUGUGGCAGAUGGCGUUUCGAUAUAUUCCAGGUAUCCUAUUUAUGUUGAGGCUUUUGACCUUUUUGUACUUGGAAACAUCGACUCCACAGUUCAACCUUACGGACAAUGGUGCAAAGAUGAGAAAACAAACAUCAGAUAUAAGCUCGUCUUAUAUCAAAGAAAAUGCACCCGCAAAGUAUUGGCACUUAUUGAUGCCCAAGGCUGAAGUCGGAUGCAAGCGAAGAGUCUUUGACCAUACUGGCUACGUGCCCAGUCUGCAGCGGGACAACGUUCAUCUGACCAAUGAUCCUGUUGAGCGCCUUGAAGAAGAUUCUGUUUCAACAAAAUCGGGCACGAAAUACCCCGCCGAUGUCAUAGUUCUAGCCAACGGUUUCUCCUUGACGCAUCACGACGCCCAGCUGCAAGGUCGGCACGGACGCAGCCGGACCGAACAUUGGAACGAUAUGGGCUACAUAGAAGCAUUCAACACCGUCGGCAUGUCGGGUUUCCCUAACUUCUUCUAUAUCUUGGGCCCUAAUUCUGGACGUGGGCAUACUUCUGCCGUACACUCUAUAGAGAGCUACGCCGUUCUCAUCACUCGGGUAAUCAAACCCAUCAUCUCUGGGUCAGCACUCUGUGUAGAACCAAAGCUGGACAGCGAGAGAUCCUACAACGAAAAGCUCCACCGUGCGUUGUCAAAAACCGUAUUCACGGAUUCCUGCAAUAGUUGGUACAUUGACAACAAAACGGGUCGCAACUGGGUGGUCUAUCCCUGGAGUUCAUUCUACAUGUGGUGGACAACCCAAAUAGCAGGAUUAGAGGACUGGUCUUAUGAGUUCUCCACGAAACCAAAGGGAAGAGACUCUGCCUUCAUCAUGCUCAUUGCUGCUUUGGUGCUGCUGCUGGCUUUCGGCUUGUGGUUGUACGGACUUCAACCGCUGGCUGUUACCAGACUGGAUCCGGACGAGUGGAUCACACAGAUUCCUACUUACAUGUCAUUUGGGUCGUUAUAUGCGAAGGUCAUAUAA